ACUGACCUUCAAAAGUUUUUACUUGUAACUUCAACCCCAGACUCACAUAAACAACGUUCAAACAUUCCUGCAAAUCCCCCUAAGGCAUGUGCAGAUGACAACGUUACCAAUGAUCCAAAUGAUGAUGAAAUGGAAGUGGAUGAAAUAUCGGAUGAAGACAGAGAUGAAAAUUUGGACAAAUUUGUAGUGGAAGACAUUGAUCUUAUCGCAGAUAUAGAUUUGGACCAAGUCGCAAAAUAUGAAAACGACGACCCUGAUGUGGAUUCACUCUUUGUAGUAGCCUCCAGCAGUGCAGAUUCAAGCACCAACAUUGAUGCUGAACAUGCAGGGGAGAAUACAGUUGACUCGAUUUCCAGAGUUGAUGAUACAGUACUUGAGCAGAUUCUUGAAAGUCUCAAAACAUCAUCAGAAAAAUCAAGAAAUCGCUGGGGUAACGUGAGCAAGAGUUCUUUUGGUAAGAACUUUACCACUGGACAAAAAAUACAAAAGGUUUUUUUGCUUGAUGAAUUAAAGAUUGUCGUCAAAAUUCUUGCAAAGGCACACCUUUUGAAAGAGGGUGAUCUGAAUUUACUUAAAAGAAAAGCCCAAUAUGUAAACAAAAUAUCUGAGACUAUCGGAGACAAAUCAACAGUCGACAUACCAGCUGAACCAAUGAUUAGAAAAGCCAAGCCGAAAAAAAUACAUAUAAAAUCCCUGCUGAACAAUCUACGAAAAGUUACCUUGUGUAUUUUGACAUGUAUGCUAGAGUGGCCAAGCGAGAUAGCACAGUUCCAAAGAACUUCCAAGAUUAAAUCAUCAACCAUAAUGAAUGAAACUCGCACACAAAAAACGCAGGAAGUAUUUUGGGUUACCAAACCAGAUCAAGAUGAAGAAGGGAAUCCACUUUUCUGUUUCCUCGAUUUUCACCACCUCUUAACAAAUACUCGAUGCCACAUCGCAAGGCAUGGCUACAAAAAAGCUGGUAUUCACAGAGAAGCCUGGGUUAAGGUUGCUAGACAGGAGAAGGAGAACGGGACUGGUCUGAAUAUCGCCUUUGUUGAUGAUGUCGUUGACCCACAAAGUAAUGAAGUUGCAACUAUAUUUUUCAGUGAAGAGGUUAAAGCAGAAAUGGAGAAAAAUGGAGAUUAUGCUGAAGCAGAAUUAACAGGAAACAUAGGAAAGUGGUACAGGGCAGUAGAUGAAAGGGGGAUACCAGCUUUUGAACGAGUGAAAAUGGUCCUAUCUGUCCGUGACUGGUUCCUGUCCCAAUUAAUCCCACAUUUGAAAAUAUUCCCACCCCCAACAAACAAAGUGAAUGAUAUACCCAUAGUAUCGUUUGAGGGCUUCAUUCUUAGUACCGAAAGACUGAUACAAAUGUAUCACUUUACCAAUGAUUCUGCAUUCAAUGUGAGAGCCGUGGGAUCUCAAAUGAGCGAGACGUUUUUUGGCAGUUACAGGGACCUUGAUCCUCGCAGCGAGGGAGUUCUAAAACCUAAAGAACUUCCAAAAGCAAUGGGGACAUCAUGUCAACUACUAGAUAUUCGCCUUGAUCCAAACAGAAGCUUUUGUUUCAACACGACUAGAAGAACUACUGUUUAUAAAGAGAGACAAUUGAGCAGCGUACCAGAAGAUAUGGAUGCUAGUAUCAUUCCCCGAAUCGCUGAUAUGUCAUUUGAGGAAAGCGAACGAUUGGGAGAAAAUGAAUCGGUCGUGCUCGCAAGGGAUCACAUAUUUGAUCGUCUUCAAUCGCAAAGAAAUAAAAAGGCUGCUGGUUUCGUGACACGACCAGAUGACUCUGCAAGAGGAGUUAAAGGUAUACGCGAAUUCCACAGGAGAAACGAGGAGAAGAUUUUAUACCACAAGAGGGCUGGAUAUAAUUUUGACGAAUAAGAAUCGUAUGCAUGAGGAUGACGUUUUUCACAAAGGAGAGGUUUAAAAUAACCGAAAACAUUGUAUUUGCAUGCAAAUCUUUAUUGCAACAGAACUUGCAUUAUAAACACAAUAGUGGAGUGAAAGCUAAGAAUCUAACAAUAAUAAUAAUUAAUUAAUAACUAACCAUUUCUAACAUGUAUAUGAACGAACAAUAACGAACAGUUUUUCUACCCAUUCAUUGACUUGAACAAAUGCCCAAAUGGUUGUUUCAGUACAUGCUUUGGAAAAAAACAAUAUAUAUAAAAUGAAAUGAACCAGUACUAUAUCAGAAACUGACCAGUAGCUCUAUUAAUUUAGGUCUUCGGUUUCUUCAAUGCAUUACAAAUAAACUUAAAAGGCGUUGUGCUCUCGUGAACAGUAACACUCGUUAAUAUGUUUUAAAGUUAGUAUAUGUUGAACAUUUUCAAUUAGCAAGUCUAAUGAAUACUACUAAUGCUCAUUAUCAGAAAAAAGAAGAGUGUGGUUUUCUUACCUUGCUAAUUAAUUGAAAAACACAAACUUAAAAAAUGGAUUCGUUCAUAUGUGAGGAGGG